CUCAGCGGACGCCAUUUGCCUCAGCGUUUCGUUCCUGGCUGGCUUUUAGGUGCCGAGAGCUCGGCUGCGCGGCUACUUAGGCCUUUCGUGGGGACUGAGCGGGGAAGGGGGAUGGGACUCCCUUUCGUGCCUUGGAACGGGCCGUGACUCCCUAAACGGGCGUGUGCACUGGUCGCCCGCCGGGCCAUGGCCUCUCCGGGCCUUCAGCACCCGCCCUUCGUCCCCGCAGUUCCCGAGGGCGGCGCCCGGUCUGGUGUGCCUUUUUCUCGGAGAGCGGCGGUCAGCCGAGGUCGCCCGGCCAAGGCGGGGCGGAGGCGAGGAGCAGCAGGCCCCCCGGCGCUCGCCUCUCCCAGCGUGGCUGGAACGCAGGACCCCAUCAUGGCGGCGGCGCCGACCCACCAGACGCAGGUGUCUGUGACUUUCGAUGAUGUGGCCGUGACUUUUACCCGGGAGGAGUGGAGGCAGCUGGACCCGGCUCAGAGGACCCUGUACCAGGAGGUGAUGCUGGAAAACUGCAGGCUCUUGGUGUCUCUGGGGUGUCCUGUUCCCAGACUUGAGCUGAUCUUCCAGCUGGAGCAGGGGCAGAAGCUGUGGACGGUGAAGGAAGACCUCUACCGCAGCACCUGUCCAGGGAAAAGAUACAGAUUAGAAGAGGAGCCGGAGGUGUUCCAGACACGAAGCUUCCGUGUCUUCAGCGUCUCGUUACCUCCUGGAAUUGAUAUUUGGCAGUAUGUGCACGGAGUGUUACCAACCCAGGAAACUCACCAGAGCCUCGUUGACAAAGGAAAACCCAAGACCACAGAACCUACCACUUGUGAGCCAACUCUCUUCGAGGGAGCCUCUAUCCAGGAACUAAUACAAGGAGGCCCAGCGGACUCCCAGUUGGGACAAACCAAGGAUCAGGAUGGGCCAUUGGAAAUGCAGGAAGGACACUUGGGACCAGGGAUGGACCCCCAGAGGGAGAAGCUUCCUGAGAAAAUGAGUCCUGAACAUGGCAGCUUGGGGACAGCUGGUGGUGUGUGUUCAAGAAUUGUAGAGGAGCUCGUCCCUCCAGGAGGUGCUGUCCAUGACCAUGACUCAUGUGGAUCUGGUAAUGAUCCCAUUAUUCAAGAAGAGGAAAGUAUCUUUAAAUGCAACGAAUGUGGGAAAGUUUUUAACAAGAAACACCUUCUUGCUGGACAUGAAAAGAUUCACUCUGGCGUGAAGCCCUAUGAAUGCACAGAGUGUGGGAAAACCUUUAUUAAGAGCACACACCUCCUCCAGCACCACAUGAUCCACACCGGGGAGAGGCCCUAUGAGUGCACAGAGUGCGGGAAGGCCUUCAACCGCAGGUCCUACCUUACACAACACCAGCGGAUUCACACUGGGGAGAAGCCUUACAAGUGCAGUGAAUGUGGAAAGGCCUUCACCCACCGCUCCAAUUUUGUCUUACAUAAGAGGAGACACACUGGGGAAAAACCCUUCGUGUGCAAAGAAUGUGGGCAAGUCUUCAGACAUAGGCCAGGAUUCCUUCGACAUCACAUCAUCCACAGUGGUGAGAAUCCGUAUGAGUGCUUUGAAUGUGGCAAGGUCUUUAAACACAAGUCAUACCUCAUGUGGCACCAGCAGACUCACACUGGGGAGAAGCCCUACGAGUGCAGUGAAUGUGGGAAAGCCUUCUGUGAGAGCGCAGCCCUCAUUCACCACUACGUCAUCCACACUGGGGAGAAGCCCUUUGAAUGCCUCGAGUGCGGGAAGGCCUUCAACCACAGAUCAUACCUCAAGAGGCACCAGCGGAUUCACACUGGGGAGAAGCCUUUUGUGUGCACUGAAUGUGGGAGGGCCUUCACCCACUGCUCCACUUUUAUCUUGCAUAAACGGGCCCACACUGGAGAGAAACCUUUUGAGUGCAAAGAAUGUGGGAAAGCCUUUAGCACUAGGAAAGACCUCAUUCGGCACUUCAGCAUCCACACUGGGGAGAAGCCCUUUGAGUGCACGGAGUGUGGGAAGGCCUUCAACCGCAGGUCAGGCCUCACGAGGCACCAGCGGAUUCACAGUGGAGAGAAGCCCUAUGAAUGCUUGGAGUGUGGGAAGUCCUUUUGCUGGAGCACAAACCUCAUACGACAUGCCAUCAUCCACACCGGAGAGAAGCCUUAUAAGUGCAGUGAAUGUGGAAAGGCCUUCAGUCGUAGCUCAUCCCUCACUCAGCAUCAAAGGAUUCAUACUGGGAGAAACCCUGUCAGUGUGACAGAUGUGGGAAGAACCUUCACCAGUGGGCAAACCUCAGUCACCCUCCGAGAACUCCUGUUGGGGAAAGACUUUCUGAAUGUAAACACCGAGGAAAAUCUUUUGCAGGAGAAAACACCUACCAUGACAUCUGAUUGUACAUACCAAAGAGAAACCCCACAAGUAUCUUCUCUGUGAGAAAACCUGUCACGGAUCAUCAGUAGUUGUGUAAAGAUGCAUUGUAGAAAUUGACCCAGCCUAGAGCCUUAACUGUACAUCUGAGAGUUCAUCUGUGAGGGAGAGACCAGUGUUUAUUGUGCACUAAGGAAAACUUUAGCUACGUUUUUCCCUUAGUUUACACUGCAGUGUUAUCUCAGGAAUUUUUAUAAAAAGGUGGAAACUUAGAUGAAAAAAUGAAAUGCAAACAGUUUCUUUGAGACUUCUCUGUCAAGGUUAUGGCACUUUGUCAUGGAUCCCUUAGUUUACUUGGGGUGAGGGGAAUGUUAUUUCACAGGCAAAGGGCCUUGACCCUUUAUGUGUCUUAUAUAUACAUUCAUUGCUGUCCAGUAUUGGGAGAGUUAGACACUUGAGGACAGGUAUUUAAGUAGAUAAAGAUACACAUAUGACACACGGGCACGUUUUAUUGCACUAGUUAAGACUGUUUCAGGCUUUGGUUUUUUAAAAAAACAAAUGGUUCUUUUGGUGGUUUUGAACACCAGACAUUCAGACUUUUUAUUGAUUCAAUCUGUUUACUUAAUUUCUGUAGCUAUACGGUAAAUCUUAAAAUUGGUAAAGUGAAUACUUUCUUUCAUUAUUUAAAUUAACUGAGCUUUCCUAGUUCCUUGGACUUUCCAUAUAAAUCUUAGGAUGCAAAAAAACCUUGCUCAUGUAUUUAUAGAAAUUGAUUUAAACCUGUAGAGCAGUUUGUUUAAAAGCAACACCAUGAACACAGUACAUGGUAUGGCAUUUCAUGUAUCUAAGUAAUUCUUGAUAUUUCAUUACCAUUUUAUAAUAUUGAACAAUAUAGGUUCUGUACAUUUUUGUUAGGAUUUAUGUCUAGGUUGUUGGGUUUUUUUUAUUUUUUUUAGUGAUUUGUAAAUGGCUUUUUUUUU